AUGGGGGAGCUAAGUUUCUUCUUCGGCCUUCAAGUCCGUCAAAUUGAAGGAGGCACCUUCAUCAAUCAAGCAAAGUACACAAAGGAGAUGCUAAAAAAGUUUGGCAUGGAGAGUUUCUCUACUGUCUCAACUCCAAUGAGCCCAUCAAUCAAACUUGAUAAAGAUGAAGAUGGUCAAAGUGUUGAUAUAAUAACCUAUUGUGGAAUUAUCAGAUCAUUGCUCUACUUAACAGCCAGCAGACCAGACAUCCUCUUCGCUGAUUCCAGUUUCAAUUUAAUAAGCUACGCUGAUGCAAACUACACAGGUUGUAAGGUGGACAGAAAAAGCACCAGCGGGACAUGUCAAUUCCUUGGUGAUCGACUUGUCUCUUGCUAUAGAAAAAAGCAAACCUCCAUAGCAACUUCAAUGACUGAGGCAGAGUAUCUUGCUAUUGGAAGUUGUUGUGCUCAGCUCUUAUGGAUCUAA